GAUGUGCUGCUGGGAGAACCGGAAGAGACACUGAGUCUCGUGUGUGUGUGACGCAUCGCGUGCGCCACGGUUUGACAGACUAUACCGGACUCUUCGGAGCAGUGUAUCGAAACAUCUGCGCUCCGGUAUCUCAGUUUCUCUCAGCCACCUCUAUAUGCUGCUCCUCCCUGUUUACUGUUUACUGCGUCACAGCACAGACUGUAGUUUCGGGGCGUCACUUGCGCGUGACUACAGCUCCACUUCCGGUGUUGUCGACUCGGCUCUGCAGUUAUGGAGGUUCUUCUCGGAGUGUGUGUUGUGCUGCUGGCCGAAGUGUGCGCAGCAGGGGGCGCUGUCGGAGCAGCAGAGUACAGGGGUUUCCCUGCUAACGGCACGGAUCAAAGCAGCGCUCCGCUAACAGGCCUGAGGCGUCCUGAGAACGUCAGCACCGUGGACUCUCUCAACACCCGUUAUGUGCUGCGGUGGGACUGGCCUCAUGAGAGCGCGGUCGGUCAGAACGUCACCUUCACUGCGCAGUAUAUAUCGGAGCGCCUCUUCCAGAAGCCCCGUCAUGAGAAGCACUGGAUCUCGGUGUGUGUCGAUGUUUUGGAGCAUCGCUGUGAUUUCACUGGAGCUCAAUUGCAUUACUUGGCCUUAUAUCGUCUGCGCGUGCGAGCCAACACGCCACAGCAGUCCUCCGGCUGGGUCCAGAUCCGAUUCUGUCCUGAUAAACACGCUGCUUUAGGUCCUCCGUCCAGUGUGAGGCUGACGUCUAUUAAAGGACAUCUAGAGAUCAACAUCACUGACCCUUUGACCAGCACUAACCAGUCCAUGAAGACGCUGCUGGACAACAAUCUGAGCUACCUCAUCCAGUGCUGGAGGCGCUCGGAGGAGCCGCAGAAGGCUGAAGUCCUGCAGACAGAGAACAAUAUUGUGAUGCUGAGCGGUCUGGACAGAAAGACGUGGUACUGUGUGAGAGUCCAGAGCCGCUACGACUUCUACAACAAGACCAGUGUCUUCAGCGACACACACUGCACACGCACAGGAGGUCAGAUGUCGUACUGGCAGUUAUUCCUGUGCUUCCUGGUCUCUCUGCUGCUGUGUUUCCUGCUGGUGCUGCUGUUGUCCUUCUGCUUUUACAAGAUGUUCACGCUCUUAAAGAGCACCUUCUGCCCAGCCGUCCACCUCCCGGAUCACAUUCAGGAGCUGUGGUCGUCUGGCUGCAGGGCUCCGCAGCUGCUGGCUCCUGAGUCUCCAGAGUCAGUGUGUGAGCCGCUGGUCAUGGCCUGCACCGAGCUGGACGCUGCGCUGGUCAACACUGAGGAUCAGGACUUCAGCACACACAGCCGGCACGGCAGCGGAGACUCGGGCGUCUACUCCACUGAGGAGGACUCCAGCACAGAUGAAGCUCAGAGAAGAGAGGCAUGAUGGGACGCAGCUGGAGCUCGGAGCAGAUCUCAGACAUCUGGAUUUUAACAUGCAGAUUUCUUCUGAUUCUUAUAGAAUCUUAAUUCAUUAUUGUCACUGUAUAUCUUUGUCUAAAAGAGAAUGAACUGUCAGAUUAAAAUCACCUGUGUGUAUGUGUAACUGACUCGUUCUUGUUCAUGUUCCCAUCCCAUCAGUUUUUAGAUGGUGUAUUUCCAGUCUUUAGUCCUAUUAAGUUAGUCACGUUUGUGUCAGAAGCGCUAUCUAUAUCUAUAUAUAUAUAUGGGAAGGUAUAGUUGUUCUCAUGUUUAGGCCAGAAUAAGCUGUUUGUUGCUUGUGUUGUCCUGUGUUUGAGCCGCUGGUGCGCUGCGGGCCGGUGUUUCCCAAACCAGCCGGUGGAGUCUGUGAACCUAACCCGGUCAGGAGCAGGUUUUCUUUGGGUCUCCUCCCUCUUUUUAAAGUGUAAGCAUUGUUUAAAUCACACACCACGUUCAUUUUCAUCAUGCAGACACUGUAAAUGUGAUGACUUUUUUAAAAGGGAUCCUGGAGCUGAGGAGGCUUCAUUAAGUUACAUUUAUAUCCGCAGAGGGUUCUAUUUCAUUUGAUUUAGAUUUUGUCAUAUCCUCAUGCAGAUUUAUUUGAGCAGUACCACUUUGAAAUCACUUUCACUUGAUAACAUCUUGCUGUGAGCUCUGGAAGUAACCUAAUAGCUAGAAUUUCCUUUAGGAUUAGAGUCUGGUUGAUUACUCACACAUCUUCUGAAGAUGAAGCUGAUUGCUCUGUGGGAUGGAAGGGUAGUGCAGGAUACAUGCUGUAACAGCUGUUAAAUAAAUACCAACUAUUCAC